AGUGAAUAUGGAUGAUACUUUCAUUAUACUCUUUGCUCUCUGCCUGGGUAUUUAUACACUAGUAAAAGGAGAUUGCAAUAACACUCAUCCUGAUCAAAGUGGAAGGUUAAACUGCUGUACAAACUUCUAUAUAUAUAAUGGAGAAUGUCGAGAGUGUCCAGCAGGAUUUUUCGGAGAAAAUUGCAGUCGUCAGUGUGGCUAUCCCUUCUAUGGUACACUUUGUCAGAACAAGUGUCAGUGUGAUAAUAUCACGUGUGACCGUGUCAUGGGAUGUAUUAAAAUCACUUCUACAGAUGCAGCAAAAGAGAUUCUUCCCAUGAAAAUACCAUCUCCAGAAUCAAAUUACAGCACAUCUCAGGAAGAAACAAGAAACGGUGACACCUCGAUUAAAAGUAACUUAGACAAAACAUUCAUAAUAAAUAGUUUGAUAAGCAUGAACAGCCUUAUAUAUUCAUAA